AAAAGGCAAGAAAUUUAAUCAACUAUAUGGGUAUAAAGAGAUGCUCCAUCUUCAUCUACAGAGAAAAAUGUCAGCUGCUCAUUUUCUCAAACACCUUCCCUGCUACAAUUUUUCCCGCCGUUUCCUCCUUCGCCACUGGCCUUCUUCAACUCCAUUAACUUUGCUCUCUGCCUCUUCUAUCACAUUCACAACCUGCACAACACCAUUACGCCCUUCUUCUUCUUCUUCUUCUUCCUCUUCUUUUUCUUCUUACAGUGCAAGGAGGCAGCCGUUUACAUCUCCAUAUCUCUCAGUUCGCGUCCACUGUCCAAAACAUGUGGCGGAUACACUUUCAGAAGCACUGCUAUGCUUUGGUGCUUCUUCGGUCAGUAUAGAAUCUUUGGAUGAAGAAGAAGACACUUCUGAGGAUCCUGAUGAGAUAUGCAUUGAUUCUAUAUUUCCCGUCAGCCAAGAGGUGAGCGUCUGCAUUUCACAGGCUGCUGAUUCCAUAGGCUUGAAAGAGAUACCCAGAUAUGAAGUUCAAAUGGUUGAGCAAUAUAACUGGCUACAGAAAACUCAGGAAUCAUUUGAACCAGUUGAAGUUGCAGAAAGGCUUUGGAUUGUGCCUGAGUGGAGGAAUCCUCCCAAUGUUCAAGCAACUAACAUCAUUCUAAAUCCUGGAUUGGCAUUUGGAACUGGAGAACACCCUACUACAAAGUUGUGUCUGUUACUACUACAAGGCUUGCUAAAAGGAGGAGAAUUUGUCUUGGAUUAUGGCACAGGUUCUGGAGUACUUGCAAUUGCAGCACUUAAGUUUGGUGCUGCACUGUCUGUCGGAAUUGACAUAGAUCCUGAAGCAAUCAUUUCUGCACGUCAUAAUGCUGUUCUCAACAAUAUAGAGCCUGAAAAAUUGCAGUUACACCUUGUUCCUACCGAAAUCAACCAUCCUUCCAAUGAUGAACAAUUGAAUGAAUUUGGGAAAGAGCUGAGCUCUUUUGGAGGAGAAGUCACGUUUGAAACAGAAAAAUAUGAUGUGGUCAUUGCAAAUAUACUCCUAAAUCCUCUUUUGGACCUGGCAGAUCAUAUUGUUUCUUAUGCUAAACCCGGCGCGUUUGUUGGCAUCUCCGGUAUUCUAUCCGAGCAGCUUCCACAGAUAAUUGAUCGAUAUUCCCAGUUCUUAGAUAGAAUUUCAGUGACAGAAAUCAAUAAUUGGGCCUGUGUAAAUGGCACCAAGAAAGGAAACUCAUUCGGAGUUAAGAUGGACAUGUAGCAUCUUUGAAAAGGAUUAGCAAAAGCAAAGUGCACAUCAUAGCAACUUAGUAUCUGUGGAUGAUAACCAUUGUCUCCUGCAAACCUAAAAUGCAGAAGCAGUUUUUUUUUUCGUGUACAGUCCUGAGUUGUGCCUUCAAUGUGGUUUCUCCUCCUGAAUUGUUGCUCAGUCCAUUGCUCUGGGAUUUUUUUUUAAAAAAAAAAAACAAAAACCAAUAUCUUGUAAAUUCUGUAUAUUGAAAUUUUGUAACGGUUAGCUCAUUUUCUCAUUUAUUU